GUGUGCGUUGUGUGUUUUUCUUAUUGUAAUCGCACAUUUUCCAAGCUAAGCAAAACCCAGGCAGCCGCCUCAUCGCAUAAACGAAAAAAGAUAUCAGUUGAUAGCUGAACAUCGUGCUGUAUUGGCCGGUAAAAUUUUAGAAUUUUGGAUAAUACGAAAAAUUUGCUGUGUUGUGAAGAAGAAAAAUAUAUUAAAUAAUAAAAAUAAAAAAUAAUUUGCACAAAAAAUAAAAAAUUUUAGAAUUUACAAUAAAAAAAUUAUGUUCAGAAAGAGUUUAACUACUUUCGCACAAACUAAAAUUGCAAACAAUGCUGUAUGUCUAACGCCAAUAGUUUGUCGAACUUCCAGUAGACGUACUAGGCAUAGUAAAGCCGAUAGCCGUCCGCCAAAAGUUUUGAUUACUGGUGGUCUGGGGCAACUUGGCAUGGAAUGCGCUAAACUUUUGCGCUCUCAAUAUGGCGCUGACAGUGUUGUACUCUCAGAUAUCAUUAAACCCAGUCAGGAGGUUAUAGAAAGUGGUCCGUACAUAUUCGCCGACAUUUUAGACUUCAAGGGUCUGCAAAAGAUUGUCGUCGAUAAUCGUAUUGAUUGGCUCAUACAUUUCUCCGCAUUGUUGAGCGCGAUCGGUGAACAAAAUGUGCCACUAGCGGUGCGCGUCAACAUCGAGGGUGUACAUAAUGUCAUCGAACUGGCAAAACAGUACAAUUUACGCAUUUUUGUGCCAAGCACAAUUGGCGCAUUCGGCCCAGACAGUCCGCGCGAUCCAACUCCAAAUGUAACAAUUCAACGCCCCCGCACAAUGUAUGGCGUCUCAAAAGUGCAUGCUGAACUUAUGGGCGAAUAUUAUUACCAUAAAUUUGGCCUGGAUUUUAGAUGCUUGCGCUUUCCGGGUGUUAUUUCAAGCGAUCCACCAGGCGGUGGUACUACUGAUUACGCCGUCGCCAUUUUUCAUGAAGCACUGCGCAGCGGCAAGUACACCUGCUACUUGCGUCCAGACACACGUCUUCCCAUGAUGUACAUUGAAGAUUGUUUGCGUGCCUUGCUGGAAUUUAUGCGCGCACCAUCGGAAAAUUUGAAACGUCGCGUCUACAAUGUAACGGCCAUGUCUUUCACCCCCGAAGAACUGGUAGAGAAAUUAAGUAGUUAUGUUCCCAAUUUGCACGUGACUUACAAGCCAGAUAGUCGACAGGAAAUUGCCGAUUCAUGGCCACAAGUUUUUGACGAUUCUGAGGCUCGCCGCGACUGGGGUUGGCAGCAUAAAUACGAUUUGAAAAACUUAGUUAAUUUUAUGGUAAAGGAUGUUCGAGAAAAUUUUAUUAAGCUGGAAAAUGCCAAAGUACGUGCUUCGUCCACGUGAUUGUUAUAUAGUGGCGGUACGUUAUUCUUUAACCAGUUUUCAUUACAGAAAAAUUAAAUUUGUAAAAAUAUGCAUUUAUUUAUGCAUUUUUAAAAUAUUAAAUUUUAAUAUUACAAAAAAGUUUUCUAAAAAACAAAUAUCUUAAGUCUGCAUUAAAUUAAUUUACAGCAAUUUAUGAUAAGAAUCAAUACAGAACACUGCAAAUGUCUUAAAAUCAUUAGCUGUUUCUUUGUAUUUACCUCGUAACUAAACUGCAAUGUAUCAAUUAGCGGUUCGCUACCAAAUAUGGUAGCAAACCUUACAAAAAAUUCUCAUAGACUCAUUAAGGUGCUCCUCUCCACGGAAAUCUUUAGUAAAAGGCGAAAGAUUUAUUCGACAACUGAAGAGAAGCCAGAGUAAUUUGAUGAUCGCUGCAAUAAAGUAUUACUUUACAAUUAUUUAUAAACCAUAUGCGAAGUAUAACCCAAAAUGCAAGUUAACGAAAUUGCAGCCAAUUUGUGUCACAGUAGUGAAAGGGGUUGCAUAAAUCUACAGGUAUACGCAUUUGCUAUAUAUAUUUAUGUAAAAUUACUAAAAUGCAUUAUCUAUACCAUAAAAUACAUGCGUAUAAUACAAAGUAAUUAUAAUAUUAGUAACAAGAUAGCAUGCAUUAUAUUUUACACUUCAAGGUCGAAAAAAAACAAAAAUUUAAGCAACGGCGUUUUGAUACCUGGUUGGUAAUGCACUGGUAUGCAUGUAUGUUCUAUAUAAUAUGUUGGCUGUGUAAUAUUUUUAACAAGAUUAUUGUUGCCUUUUGGCAAUGUGAUUUUUCAUGAAGCUCUUAGGCUAAUAAUAAUCAGAUGAGACUUACGCAUACGCUAAAUAUUAUAUAAUUGUUGUGUGAUCUUGGUAUUUGUUGGUGAUAAGAAACACGAGGCACCGAGUGGCCACCAAUCGCACAAGUCACUCGGCGGCAGCGCUUGCCGAAGCAGCAGCUUAAUGCAUAUAUUUGAUUUGAUUUAAAAAAUGUACAAAAAUUAAUUAUUUAGAUAAGUAUAAAGUUUAAAUAUUUAGUAUGAUAAAUUAUUAUUUAGUAUACAUCUUUUAAAAGUGAUGAGAGAGAAACUUUAUACAAGCCUUGACGUUGACGUUUUUGUUAUGACGCUUACUCGGCCUAUUUACAAAGGAUGUUCAUUUCUCCAAAAAUUUUGAACUUUGCGGAUGUAUUUAUUAUAUGUUUGAUAUUAUAAACAAAUGCUGACACACAUCCCAUGCUGUCACUUAAUUCUAGAAAGCAAAAGAAAAAUGCAGAUAAAAAUUUUGAAGUGACAGAGACGCAUUCAUGUUAGCAGUUUGAAUAAAAUGGCAAUUAAUAUUAAAUAUAACUUUUUAAAAGCGCAUUAAAUUUAACGAUAAGCACAGUAGUUAUUCAAACAAAUAGUUAUAUGCUAAUAAUUGCUUCCCUUGUAAUUAGUGUUGAUUUUCGCCGGCAGAGGCCGCUGUGAAACAUAGUAUAAUGGUGGUAAUGCUAUUUGUAAAAUAUGCUUAUUAAUUUCAAAUGGAAAUGGAAUAUUAAUUAAAAAGCUCUUUAUUAAACCAUUAAAUAACAAACUUCGGUUAUU